CUUUUCAGUAGCUCAGCUUGACUGAUCUCAUCAUGUUUAUCCACUGUAAACUGGUAGUACUGAUACUCGUGCUGACUCUUGAUGGCCAAGUUCAUACAGGGGAAAUCUAUGGGGGUCAUGAGGCUGUGCCACAUAGCAGGCCAUACAUGGUGCUUUUGGUGCGGCACAUGGAUGGUUCAAAAAGCUACUGCGGUGGCUUCCUUCUGAAUGAGGAUUUUGUGAUGACUGCAGCCCACUGCAAAGCCAAGUCCUACACAGCCUUACUGGGACUUCACAAUUUUCGUGAGAGUAAUAAUAUACAGAAUAUAUCUGUGGAGCAAACAUUUCCACAUAAAGACUUCAAUGCAACGGAUUUCAAAAAUGACAUCAUGCUCCUUAAGUUGAACUCCAAGGCAAAUUUCAGCAAAAGUGUGAGACCCAUUGUUCUCGCAGGCCAAGAUGAUGGCUCUCUCCCAAAAUCAUGUAUAGUCUCUGGCUGGGGAAGUUAUGACAGGAACAACAAACAUAUGUCCCUCGUACUUAUGGAAGCCAAUGUAACACUCAUUGACAGAGAACAGUGUGCUAAGGAACACUCAUACUGUACUGAAGGAGAGACCGGACCGGGUGAGGGAGACUCUGGUGGCCCAUUGGUCUGUGAAGAUGGGAAGGCAUAUGGGGUGGUGUCCUCCACCCUCAAACCAACAUCAGGUGGCCCAUUUAUCCAUUGUUUUGCUAGAAUUCCUGACUACAGAAGCUGGAUCAAUUCGAUCAUGGAGCCUAAUGCAAAGCUCUACUAGAUCUAUCACUUAGGCUACUUGAUUAAAUCACAAUAUAUGAAUUUACUGUUUGUGUAUAUGAAUUCACUGUUUGUGUAACACUGGAGAUUCAAUCAAAAUAUGCUUUACUUCAAUGUUUUCAAAUUGCACAAAUGAUAUUUUCAUUUGGUGUGUUGAAUCAAAAUAUUGAAAAAAAUAAGUGAUCAUGUGUCAUUCAAGUGACAAUGUUUGGCUGUUUGUUAUGCAUUUUGUUAAUAAUUAGAUUAAAGAUAUAGAUAGAUUAUUGCAAGCAAAUUACAAAUGUAAGCCAGGCACAUGCAGUUUUUUUUAAGGCUAGGCUUUAACAAGCCAAUCGUGGCAUGCAAAUUAAGUACUGUUAGUUUGAUUCGGCAUGACAUCCUGCUCUUAAAUACAACAGUAUAUACAUUACAUAAGUUACUUCUUUGUGUGUCUUCUCUGCAUCUUUUUAAACAAUAAACUGUUGCUCUUUCACCAUGUU